AUGCAGUGUUUGCUCAUUGAAACGUACAUGUUACAUUUUAAUUUUGAAACCAAAUCAGCAAGAAAUGGUUUAUUUAAACAAGAAGAAGAAAGCAAAACAACGACAUCAUAUGUUGAAUUGCUGAAACAUCGGCAGCACAAUGAACAUCAACAAACAACUGCAACAUCAACAUCAACAAAAAAAGCAAUAUCAUUCAUCCAACUGGAAUUUCUUGUCUUUCAAUUGCGGAACUAUUACGGACAUUACGCAAGGCUGAAAGUAGGCAUUGGCAUACGUGAAGAAGUGCAUUUGCAACUUGCAUCUCGGUUAUCACGUCACAGAGUUUGCUUGAGUCUCCUCCAUUUUUUUUUCUUUAAACAAAUACAUCUGAGGACAUAUCAACUGUUUGUACUGGGUGUCGAUAUUUUAACGCUAUCAGUAAAUCUCAGUUACGUCUCUAUCACGUAUAACUACAACAGAGCUGAGAUAUCAGAACACGAAGAAAAAUAUAAACAACGAUCAUUUGAACGCGAGACAGAUGGGACAGCGCUCCACUUGAAAAUUGAAUUAAUUGAAACUCUUGAAAUACUUGACAACAUCGGAACGAGAGCUUCAUUACUGCAAUGA